CAAUCAGGACCUCAGCUGAAAAGCUGUGCGUGGCCACGCUGCGCAUGCGCAGUGCGGACGUCGCCAUUCCUGGCCCACGGCAAGAUUGCGUUUCACCUGCUUCUGAGGGCGAAGGUGGCUCUGGCGCAUCCUUUGUCGCGCCGUGACCUGCAGCUACUGACAGAUCCUUAGGGAGGACGCCGGGACUUCCCGGACGCUGGGAAAUGAACUCAGUCUCCUUUGAGGAUGUGGCUGUGAACUUCACCCUGGAGGAGUGGGCUUUGCUGGAUUCUUCACAGAAAAAGCUCUAUGAAGAUGUGAUGCAGGAGACCUUCAAAAACCUGGUCUGUCUAGGAAAAAAGUGGGAAGACCAGGACAUUGAAGAUGACCACAGAAACCAGGGGAGAAAUCGAAGAGGUCAUAUGGUUGAGAGACUCUGUGAAAGUAGAAAAGGUAGCAAAUGUGGAGAAACCACAAGCCAGAUGCCAAAUGUUAAUAUCAACAAGGAAACUUUUACUGGAGCAAAACCACACGAAUGCAGCUUUUGUGGAAAAGACUUCAUGCAUCAUUCAUCCCUUAAUAGGCACAUGAGAUCUCACACUGGACAGAAACCAAAUGAGAAUCAGGAAUAUGAAAAGCAACCAUGUAAACGUAAAGCGGUUGGGAAAACCUUCAGUUAUCGCCACUGCGUUCGCAAACAUGAAAGAACUCACACUGGAGGGAAGCCCUAUGAAUGUAAACAGUGUGGGAAAGCCUUUAUAUAUUACCAGCCUUUUCAAAGACAUGAAAGGAUUCAUGCUGGAGAGAAACCCUAUGAAUGUAAGCAAUGUGGAAAAACCUUUAUAUAUUACCAGUCUUUUCAAAAACAUGCUCACACUGGAAAGAAACCCUAUGAAUGUAAACAGUGUGGGAAAGCCUUUAUAUGUUACCAAUCUUUUCAAAGACAUGAAAGGACUCACACUGGAGAGAAACCCUAUGAAUGUAAGCAAUGUGGUAAGGCCUUCAGUUGUCCUACAUACUUUCGAACUCAUGAAAGAACCCACACUGGAGAAAAACCCUACAAGUGUAAAGAAUGUGGCAAAGCUUUCAGUUUUCUCAGUUCUUUUCGAAGGCAUAAAAGGACUCACAGUGGAGAGAAACCCUAUGAAUGUAAAGAAUGUGGAAAAGCCUUCUUUUAUUCUGCAAGCUUUCAAGCACAUGUAAUAACACACACAGGGGCUCGACCUUAUAAAUGUAAAGAAUGUGGGAAAGCCUUCAACUCUUCUAAUUCCUGUCGAGUGCAUGAAAGAACUCAUAUUGGAGAAAAACCAUAUGAAUGUAAACGGUGUGGCAAAUCAUUCAGUUGGUCCAUUUCUCUUCGAAUGCAUGAAAGAACUCAUACUGGAGAGAAACCCUAUGAAUGUAAACAGUGUCAUAAAACCUUCAGUUUUUCAAGCUCCCUUCGAGAACACGAAACAACUCACACUGGAGAGAAACCCUAUGAAUGUAAACAAUGUGGGAAAGCCUUCCGUUUUUCAAGUUCCUUUCAAAGACAUGAAAGGACUCACAGUGCAGAGAAACCCUAUGAAUGUAAACAGUGUGGGAAAGCCUUCAGGUGUUCAAGUUAUUUUCGAAUUCAUGAAAGGUCGCACACUGGAGAGAAACCCUAUGAAUGUAAACAGUGUGGAAAAGUUUUCAUUCGUUCCAGUUCCUUUCGACUGCAUGAAAGGACACACACUGGAGAGAAACCCUAUGAAUGUAAACUCUGUGGGAAAGCCUUCAGUUUUUCAAGUUCCCUUCGAGAACAUGAAAAAAUUCACACUGGGAAUAAACCGUUUGAAUGUAAGCGGUGUGGUAAGGCCUUCCUUCGUUCCAGUCAAAUUCGAUUGCAUGAAAGGACUCACACUGGAGAGAAACCGUAUCAGUGUAAACAAUGUGGAAAAGCCUUCAUUUCUUCCAGUAAAUUUCGAAUGCAUGAGAGAACUCACACAGGAGAGAAACCCUAUCGAUGUAAACAAUGUGGUAAAGCCUUCAGAUUUUCAAGUUCUGUUCGAAUUCAUGAAAGGUCUCACACUGGAGAGAAACCUUAUGAAUGCAAACAAUGUGGAAAAGCCUUCAUUUCUUCCAGUCACUUUCGACUGCAUGAAAGGACUCAUAUGGGAGAGAAAGCCUAAGAAUAUAAGCAACAUUCUGAAGCCUUCAGUUUUUCCAGCUCCUUCUGAAUACACGAAAGAGUUCAUACUGGACAAAAGCUGUGUGAAUACAAACAUUGUUUUAAAACCCUGGAUUGUUCCAGUUUCUUUUGAACACAUGAAAGAAUUCCCACUGGUGAGAAACCAUAUGAAUGUAAACAUUGUGAUUAAUCCUUCAGUUGACCUAAUUCAUUUCAAAGACAGGACUCCUGCUGCAGUGAAAUAUGGUUUUUUUUUUUUUUUAAAAAGCCAAGCUUGGUGGCUCAUGCCUGUAGUCCCAGCACUUUGGGAGGCCAAGGCAGGCAGAUUAUUUGAGGUCAGAAGUUUGAGACCAGCUUGAUCAACAUGGCGAAACCCCAUGUCUACUAAAAAUUACAAAAAAAUUAGCCAGGCAUGGUAGCGCAUACCUCUAAUCCCAGCUGCUCAGGAGGCUAAGGCAGGAGAAAUUGCUUGAACAUGGAGGCAGAGGUUGCAGGGAGCUGAGAUCACGCCACUGCACCCCAGCCUGGGCAACAGAAUGAGACACUGUCUGAAGAAAAAAAAAGUGGGAAAAUCUUCAACUGUCCUCUGGAGUGUGAAUAUAUGAAAAGACUCAGAGUAGGGUAAAAGUCUAUAAAUGUAAGAAAUUUGGGAAAGCCUUCACACAGCCUUUUGAGCACACAUGAGAAUGUAUACUGGAGAGAAACCCUACAUGUAUUAAGAAUGUGGGAAAUUCUUCAUCCUAGUUCUUUUGUUGUUGAUGAUAUAAAAAUAUUUUCAUUUAAUAAAGAUUGUCAGGUUAUAUUCAAUGAGAAAGAAAGUAUCACGUAAACAGCCCAGUAAUAAAAUUUUAUGAUCUUA